CAGCGUGAGGGACGCAGGGAGGCUGCGGAGCCCCGGCACCCGAGGAUGUCGGGCAGAGCGUCUCCCACCCUGGAGAAGAGCGGCAGCAUCGGGCACGCAGGCAACGGGAUGGCUGUGGGGCAACUCCCCAACAGCAUCAGCGUCCAGGGUGUCUCCUACACCAUCAGAGAGCGUGUUGGCCCGUGGUGGAACUUUUCAUUAUAUUGUAAAAAAUGGACCCGGCAAAUACUUAAGGAUGUUUCAUUUCACAUAGAAGGUGGCCAGAUUAUGGGGAUCUUAGGAAAUUCUGGAUCUGGGAAAACAACACUUCUGGAUGCAAUAUCAGGCAGACUGGGACAUAAAGAUGACUUCUUUGGUGAAGUGUAUGUGAAUGGGCAUCAGCUGAAGAGGGAGCAGUUCAGAGAUUGCUUCUCUUACGUGCCACAGAAUGACACUUUGUUAAGCUUUCUCACUGUACAGGAGUCUUUGACCUACACAGCUUUACUAACUCUUAAGAAAUGCUCCAACAGCUCCAUCAAAAAGAAGGUAGAUGCAGUUAUGACUGAGCUGAGUCUCGGCCACAUUGCUGACAAAAUAAUUGGAAGCCGGAAUAUUGUAGGAAUUUCUGGGGGUGAGAGGCGUCGGGUAACAGUUGCAGCCCAGCUUUUACAAGAUCCCAAGGUGAUGCUACUUGAUGAACCAACCACAGGGCUGGACUGCCUGACUGCCAACCAGCUUGUCUUGCUUCUCUCAGAGCUUGCACACAGGGACAGGAUCGUGAUCCUUACAAUCCAUCAGCCUCGCUCAGAACUUUUCAAGUUAUUUGAUAAAAUAGCCAUCAUGAGCUUUGGAGAAAUGGUUUUCUGUGGGAGCCCUAUGGAAAUGAUCUCAUUUUUCAGUGACUGUGGCUAUUCUUGUCCUGAACAAUCAAACCCUUUUGACUUCUAUGUGGAUCUGACAUCUGUGGACACCCGAAGCAAGGAACACGAACUUGAAACCUACAGCAGAGUUCAGGAAUUUGUAUCAGCCUAUAGAAACUCAGAGAUCUUUAGCAAAGUACUGGCAGCCAUUGAAAAAACAAAGUACAUGAAGGAGCUGCCACCAAUACCAUUCAAAAACAAAGACUCACCCAGUGGCUUUGAGCAAAUACUGAUUCUUUUACGGAGAACAACAAGAAAUCUCUCCAGAGAUAAGAUAGGCAUCAUCAUGCGCCUCCUGCAGAACCUGCUGUUCGGCUUGUUUGUAGCCGUGUUCCUUCUUAGGCUCAGGAAUGACCUGACCCAGGGAGCCGUGCAGGACCGUGUGGGGCUUGUCUACCAGUGUGUGAGUGCCCCCCCCUACACAGGGAUGCUCAAUGCUGUGGCCCUGUUCCCAGCUCUACGUGCUAUCAGUGACCAAGAAAGUAAAGAUGGCCUGUAUAAGAAAUGGCAAAUGCUUGUGGCCUAUAUAGUCCAUUUCCUGCCCUUCAGUGUCAUCAGUGUGGCCAUUUUCAGCACCUUCAUAUACUGGACUAUAGGAUUGUAUCCUGAUGCUUCCAGAUUUGGAAUUUUCUUUGCUGCUGUCCUAGCUUCUCACAUGAUUGGUGAACUAAUAACACUUGUUGUACUUGGCAUGGUUCAAGAUCCAAAUAUAGUCCAGAGUGGCAUUGUGCUUCUUAAUUCAGCUGGUGUCAUAGUGGGAACGGGACUAGUAAGGACCAUUGAAGAAAUGCCAAAACCUUUGAAACUACUCAGUUUUCUUACAUUUCAAAGAUACAGCAGCGAAAUCCUUGUAGUCAAUGAAUUUUAUGGCUUAAACUUCACAUGUGGUGAAGGCAACAGUUCCACUGCAAAUAAUGCUGCAUGUGUUCUCUCUCAAGGCGUCCGGUUCAUUGAAGAGAACUAUCCCGGGGCAUUGUCCCGGUUCACAGCUGAUUUCCUCAUACUCUAUGCUUUCAUACCAGUACUUGCCAUUAUUGCAAUUCUGUGCUUCAAAUUAAGAGAGAAUCACUGACUGACAAUGAAAAGUUUCUUACUGGAAGUGCCCUCAAUCUGGAACAUGGUGAAAGCAACCAAGUACUGAAACAUUCAUUAAAAGUCUUAAGGACAAAAA